UGCGGUCGCGUAUAAGUACUUCCGUGGUGGGCCCUUUUUGCCUUCAACGGUCUUCUCUUGCUCAACUAGAAUCGGACGCUCAUUUUAGUCCUUGGUUUCUCCGGUGGGCGCUGGCCUCAUAAGCUGCCAGAUGAGAGAUACCAUAAAAUCAGAAUCUAUUUGAACGCACUCCAAAAUCGUAUUUGGGAACUGGGCUUGUGUGAUUGAUGGGUUUCUCAUCCAAUUUGCAGGGGUGAGUUAUGAUUUUUGUAGCAGCGACUUCAAGUUUUAGCUACAUUCCACCAUGGCCAAAAAACGGUCGCCGUCCUCAUUCGCGCGAGUUCGUCACAUUAAACAGAGUUUCAAAUCAGAGAGAAUCUGGCUUUUUGUCAAUAACUCAAGAUGAUAGGAGAACGUGCGAGCUUUUUAAUUUGUCCAAGAGGCUAGUGCCAUAUGAUGAUGCAUGGAAUUGGCAAAAGGACAUUGUUAGAGAGAAAAGGACAUUUAUCGAAAGGAAGGAAGAGUCCCCAGAUACGCUAAUCGUUCUACAGCAUCAUCCUGUGUAUACAUUGGGUACGGGCAGCUCUGUAGGAUACCUGAAUUUUGAUGUAGAAGAUGCUCCUUAUGAGGUUUAUCGAACUGAACGAGGCGGAGAAGUCACCUAUCAUGGGCCUGGCCAGCUAAUUAUGUACCCAAUUAUCAAUCUUCGAAAUCACAAGAUGGAUCUUCAUUGGUACCUCAGGGCACUUGAGGAAGUGGCCAUUCGUGUUCUUUCCUCAACCUUCUCUAUUGAAGCAUCACGCGUUGAUGGUUUAACUGGAGUUUGGGUUGGGGAUCAGAAACUGGCUGCAAUUGGGAUAAAAGUUUCUCAAUGGAUAACUUAUCAUGGUUUGGCACUCAAUGUCACCACAGAUUUGAAACCUUUUGAUUGGAUAGUCCCAUGUGGGAUUAGGAACAGAAAGGUUGGAAGCAUUAAGGGAUUACUAGAGGAGGUCAGGCUGUGUAAUGGAAGUGUUGAUGGAGAUGUGCAUCAUUUUGAUGAUUCCCAGCUGAUUGAUAUUACUUCCAAAUCCUUGAUCAGAGAAUUUUCUGAAGUUUUCCAGCUUAAGAGUCAUGAAACAAUACCCAAUUUGAGGAUUUUGGAGAAGAACCAUAAAAGGCUUACUGGUGGAAGAUUGUGUAACUGGGUUCUUGUCUGAAACAUUUGUGGUUAAGAUCUUCAUAAUCCAAGGAGUCAUUCUGCUAACAGUGGCAGAAUCUUCAUAACUUUGCAUUUUAAUGUAGUCACACUGUAGUUUUGUUUUCAUUACAAUGUACCUUAUUCUGAAAUCAAAAUUCAAGAAUUGCUUAGCUC